CCAAAACAAAAGAGCGUCCAAGGUCCGCCAACAUAACUUGAUUUCCUGUUGGAUAAAGGGGCGGGGAAUAUUCCCAGAAACAACAAAAAACGACAGAAACAACAGGAAACAAACCGUUUUGUGCUCCAGAUCAUCAUCUUAAAUCUGGUAGUGACCAAGAAAUGGACUGUCAUUUUUCUGUCUGGGGAGUUUUGGCCUUUCUGAGUUUGGCUCUGGUUGUUUCAUUGAUACUGAAUAUUUCCCACUAUAUGAAAAAGAAGCAAGAUAAAAUAUAUAAAGACUAUGAGGACAACAGUCCAAGCUAUGAUGACUAUUACACAGAUGAUGACCCAGUUUAUGGCAAUCUCCAUCAAGAUAAUUUAGAGGAAUGUUGUUACGAGCAGAUGAAGUCCCAGCCUCAAAGGCCAGUUAACCAGCUACAGGUGGAGUCUGCCAAUCAGAUGUGUUACGCCUCACUUGAUCACAGUGUCAAGGGAAAACGCAGAAAACCAAGGAAAAAGAAAGACCCUUCAACAGAGGAGGAUGAAGAAGAAAGAUCAUCUAACCCCACCAUACCGGCUUCCAAAGUUAGCAUUUACCUCAACAGUGAGCAGCUGGCUGCUGAAAACACAGCAAACAUAGAAGCCAUCCAUGAUGAUCCCAUCAGAUUAAUGGGUUUGAUUCAUACUACAAAAGGAGAGAACAUCUGAAAUGGCUUCACAAACCAAAUACGUAAUCAUAAAGUGAGAUCUGCUUGUUCAUUCUGGAGGAACAGUGAAUUAUUAGAGAUAAUAUCCUGGCAAACUGGCACACCAAACAAUGGUAUAAAAUGGGUAAGUUGAGUGUUCCAAAGUGUCUUCCAAGCACAUUUACGGACUAAGCAAGGAAUAAGAUCCAAACUGCCACUUAGAAGGACCUGCCCUUCUGAAGACAUUUUGAA